CAGGGGCCCCCGAUCCCGAGUUCGAUUUAAACCCUCUCCCCCACUCGCCCUCACCUCUCUCCAUAGCCCCCGAGCCCCAUUCUCCGAUCGCCGUAGUAAUUAAUGGAAGGAAUCUCCUCUCCGACCGUCUGGACUUCUCUUACGAUCGCCAGAAUCUCGAAGGAAAUUUUCCGGCCAUCGAGGACCCUUCUCUAGAUACAAAGUUGACACCUUUAUGGAGAUCGAAACUCGUUUUCCAUCGCUUGGGACUCGGUUUUUGAAGAGAAAUUGCAGCGAGAUUGGCGUGUUCAUGGCUUCUCCGUCUUCAUUAAUGAGCUUUUGAGUUUUGACUGCGUUCUCUUUAUUUUUUUCCUUCUUCUUCUUCUUUAUUUUUUUUUUGUUCUUUUGGUUGUGGCUUUGGUUGGAGCUUGGUUUUGUUCUAGAAGUCAUCAGUAAGUUUCCAGUUUUAGUUUCCUUGCGUGUGUGAUCAGGGAGGGGAAACGAAGGAAUCCGCGUUGAAUCUUCGCAUUUAUCUCCGAUUUCCCCAAUUUUGUACCUUGAUCUCGGGAUCUGGACGCCGACUUUGGUUGGGGUUUUAGAGUCUGGGGGUUUGGGAAUGGAAUAGUGGUCGUGGAAGGGUGGUUUUUUGUCUCCGAAAGCGAUGCCGUUUCAGAUGAAGAUCCAGCCAAUCGGGCAGAAGGGAGCGGUGCGGACCGAUCCGGCGAAGCCCGCCGGCAAGUCGCGCCUGAAGCGGCUCUUCGAGCGGCAGCUCCCGAGCGUGCUGCGGAUCUCCUCCGCCGAGAAGAUCGCCGGCACCGGCGACGACAAGGACAAAGAGAGGGACGAUGGCGAGGCAGUGGACCCUAGCUCGGUGUGCCUGGAUAGAAUGGUGCUGAGCUUCAUCGAGGAGGGAAACGAGAAGCCGCCGCGGAGCCGCUGCAACUGCUUCAACGGCAACUGCGACGACAUCUCCGACGACGAAUUCGACGUCCUCGCUGGCGAUGCCCCGGCCGCCUCCGGCGACGCCGCGGAGAUUCUUAAGGGCCUAGUGCCAUGUGCGAGCCUCGCGGAGAGAAAUCUCUUGGCGGACGCGUCAAAGAUCGUGGAAAAGAACAAGAACUGGAAGAACAAAGACGAUUGCCGGAGAAUCGUCACCGACGGCCUCCAAUUCCUCGGCUAUGACGCCUCCAUCUGCAAGUCCCGGUGGGAGAAAACCCCUUCCUAUCCGUCCGGAGAGUACGAGUAUGUGGACGUCAUCAUCGCCGGCGGCGAGCGUCUCCUGGUGGACGUGGACUUCCGAUCGGAGUUCGAGAUCGCUCGGUCCACCAAGCACUACCGCGCCGUCCUUCAAUCCCUGCCGUCGGUCUUCGUUGGCAAGCCCGACCGGCUCCAGCAAAUCGUCGCCGCCGCCUCCGAUGCGGCGAGGCAAAGCCUCAAGAAGAAAGGCCUCAGCUUUCCUCCAUGGAGGAAGCCGGAAUACAUGAAGGCCAAGUGGCUGUCCCCCUACCAUCGAACCACCGCCAUCGUCAAAGCCCAGCAGGAGAACGGAAACGAUGACGGGAAGGCGAAGGCGGAGAGUGAGAGCAAACUGCCGUGUUCCAUCUCGGCCGUCAACUUUUCCGGUGAAUUCGAGCUUCGUUUCGAGGAGUCCGGCAGUUCGCAGGUGGCUAAUUCCGGUGUGGCGGCGGAGGAGAAGAUCACCGUGGUGGUGUCUCCGUGUCAGCCGCCGGAGUUGAAGCCAGAGGAUGGGAAGCCGGGUACCAAGGUCGUCGCCGGCCUGGCUUCCGUCCUCUGAGUCCGAAUUUUUGUGGUUUUUCUUUGAAAAAUUCGGUUUUUUCUUUUUCUUUUUGCUUUUUUUUGCCGGUUUUGUUGAGAGGGAUAUAUAUUAUAAAUUCUCUCUCCGUCUUUCUUGCCCUUCAAGGGAUUGUAAGAACUAAGAAGAGUUUUGGUUGCCUACUGGUAUGAAUAUAAACUAAUAUUAGAUACGAAUAUCAAAAAUAUAAAAGUAAAAUUGCUCUUUCUAU